CUCUCAGUCUGAAACCAGUUGUCGAGAAGCAAAACCUUGUAACUCUUAUCUACUUUGCGCAAAAACAGUCAGGAUGCAAAUAAAGAAUGGAUACAUAGAUAUCUUUGUUCUAGAAAAAGAAGACUCGUUACGAAAAGAAAACAAACGUCAGGAAUUAUUUUCUUUAUACAGGGACUUCAAAUACGUGUACCACCGUCACUUCUUUCAACAAACCCACGAGCAAAAUGAAACAAGACGUGACAAUUGUCUUCUAUACUUGGAUUCUGAUAAUUUUAUUCUCAAUCAUUGUACAAACGUCAGAUUCCUUGCAACUGAUUCCCUUGCUACAAUAUGAUAUGACCAAAAAUGAUUGUUUUCGGGGAACCUUUUUCAACGGCGGAAUCCUGGGAAAGGAAUCUUUGGCAUUGGUAAGGAAUUCGAACACUACACAAUGUGCGCCGGGCACUGGAAUCCAAAGCGACUUUCAUUCAGCCGUUGACAACAAUCAAAAGACAGAGACAUCCACAGCGCUGUACGCGUCUAGACCUAUCGGUUCAUUUAUCGACAAAAUGAAUGCGUUCCAUAAUGACAAGAGAUUUGGUUUCACUAUAUCGUUGUGGAUUCGACCUCAUCGGGAGCAAAUGGAUCAAUACAAAGAUCAAUAUGACCUGGUAUCGCCCAGAACUAUAUUUACUAUCGGGUCGGACUCGUUCGAGACAAACGCAUUACGAUCAGGGUUGACGUUGUGCGAAAACUCUAAAAUCGAUUUACAACUCUCAAUAAUUGACACAGAUUUGAUGGAAGUUCUUUACCGAACAAGCAACCAUUUGCUUGAACCCUGCCAACGAGUUGAAUUCAAUACAUCUACAUUACGGGACAAUAACGAUGGGAUUUUCUCGCCAACCCACAUCACGAUUUCCUUGGCAAAUUUUCACCAACAAGUUUUUGUGAAUGGAAAAUCAAUGGCGCGGAGAAGAGAGGUAUUUGAUAAUGACCUAAAACAUUGGAAUGCGACUAGUUUAUUUCACUUCUUCAACUAUCCAAAACACGAUAGUUGGCAGUCACGUGCUUGGGAUGGUCAGCUAUUUCAGUUCUCGGUAUAUAGCGGUGUUUUGAAUAAAAACCAAGUGCGAUCAAUUAUUUCCCAAGGGUUACCUCCUUCUCAACCCGUUGCCCAUUCUUCGGUAGCUCGUAUCUAUGAAGAUUCGGCAGACGAAAAUACCCUCAUUGAGGAGAUUAAAAUGUCAUAUUCUUUUAUAGACGAUGAAAUUGAUAAGCUCCUGAAUCGCCUUAGCCUAUCACACCAACCAGCUGCAUACGUUCGGCUCUACAUUACGCGAUUUCCAGCGAGAGGAAAUAUUUUCGAUGUAGGGAACGGUCAAAGUAUAGAGCCAAACGGAAGUCACCCAGUGCUUGUCGGAGAUAUGGGUCGUAUAGUAUAUGUGCCGAAAAAGGACGAGCACUCAGAAUUUCCGGGACAUUCCUAUUCGUCUUUCGACUUUUGCGUUACUACAAACAAAAUUAUCACGUCGUCACAAUGUGUUUCAGCUACAAUUUCAGUGAUAGUCGACCCAAUAAACGAUCCUCCAGUGGCGACUCUCCCUCCGACGUAUUUUGUACACGAGGGGGUCAAUGAGGAGGCUCAGGCAUUGUUACUGACCGGAUUUGAUGUCGACAAGAAUGAUUAUAUUCAAGCCAUUCAGAUAACGUCUCCUCCCAAAAUGGGCGAUCUCUUUUUGAGCGUGUCAUCAUUUCGAAGGGAAGAUAAUCUACUUCAUGGCACGCUACUAUCCAAUAUCAACAAUACGAUAUCUGGCAAACAGGCAUACGUAGAAUAUCGAUUUAUCACGUACGACGAUGUUUUGAUUCAAGAUUUGUCGACUGUCGAUUUCUUCCGAUUCCGUGUACAGGAUAGAGCAGGGAGCUKGUCAGAAGAAGCUGAAGUAAAGGUUCAAAUUUUAAGCAGUGUUUCCUAUUCGUCAACCAAUGACCCGGAUCCCUCGAUAACAUCGACGACGCAAGUUGAAGGGGUAAAUUAUCAGAUGAAAGGGUUAGACUCAUCAGGAAUCAAUAGAACUCUUGGAUUUUUCUUGAAAUCACUUCCUUCAAAUGGAGUUCUGUUAGAUCAUGAAGGGGCUCAAUUGACUGAAAAUCUAAUAUUAGAACCGACAAGGAAUUUAUUUGACGGAAAUGAAAAAAUUGGAGAGAUAAUAAACAUCACAUAUAAUUGCGUACCUUCAGUAUGUGACAAAAGCAAUGAUCUAUUGGUGAAUGACACUUUCGAAUAUCAAGUGGUGGCUCUCGGCACGGACGGGGACGUCAUUAGCGCAUCGUCAACAAAAGAUGAACAUAUCAGUAUUGUAUGUCCAGUGGAACAAAUCUCAAUUGACGCGAUAGGUUGGAAAGAAAGGGCACGCGUGUCUGCAUUUGGUUCUCAGGUGGACGAUCAUUGCAGUGGUUAUAAAUUUGAUUUCAACGAACAAUCGAAGUCAUCAUGUCGUAACAUCGCCCUGGUGUUUGGUCUCCACGUAGAAAAUCUUGAACCUCUACAAGAACCAAUCUACAUGUCUAUCACAACUCGAGGAGGGUUUCUAUCUUUAAAAGAAGAUGAUCUUCAAGAACUCCGUCCAAUUUUUCACCAACCAGUAAUGCGCUCAAGCAUUCGAAUCAUUUUACCUCCUGAGAAUCUAAACAAGGUAUUGUCAGCUAUUCACUUCCAAAGUGAUACUAUAGGGAUGGACGAAAUACAAUUUGUUUUGCAGUAUGGAAGAUGUGACCACAAAGAAAAGUUUCUUAUUGAACAUGACUUUUCUGAGUCUACAAUUGAGUGCUUUAAAGCCAAAAAAACUCUUUAUGUAGACGUACAACAAAAUUUUCAAAAUUUGAAUAUGUUGCAUUAUCCUUUUCCAUGGAUUCCUCUACUUGUCAUCUUGAUUUUGGGACCUACAUUUCAUAUCAAGCGCAAGGUCAAACAGACAGUAAGGGUAACUUUCAAUGAAUGGCAAGUGGAAACUUGUUGCAAUGCAGGAGCUGACAGCUCUCUCGAUUCCAAAACCAAGCAGAAUUGCAAUCCUCAGCGGGGCUCUAACAACAAUGACCUUGAAACCGGCAAAACAAUUUCUCGUAUCCCUUUCUGAACAAUUUACAUCUGAUUCCAAUGCUCCAUAGCUCGAGCACCGCUAGACUAAUCUUGAUACAUGUCUUCAUAACGGCUCCAUUGUUUCACCACUUUCAUUUUCCUUUGCUAGUAGGAUGAAACACUUUGACUUAUUGUGAUCAGAUAGUAAAUAUUCAUCUUCCUUCUAUUGUACAAAGUCGGAAGAUUAACAAGACGCAUUGAAUAUCUGCAGAAGUCACUUUGGAAGCAACAGCAACAAGGAAGGCUAACUUUGAUAGAAGGACAAGCAAUAGCUAAUCAAGUUAAUUGGUCCAUUUGCAGUCUCACUUUUGGAAGGAGUCGAGGCAUCCCAGAAGGUACACACUUGGAAACAAUUAUCUGAAAUUAUUGACGCUGAAACUUGUAUUAACAAGUCUUUCAAUUUGAAGAAAGGAAGCGUAUCAAGAAUUGAUGGAAAAUAAUGUGAAGCCAUACGCUGCUCAAAACUGCUGAGUUGUUCUUCCUAUAACUCGUCAUUUUUCUUGGUGCUGGCAGAGGUUUCACCAUUCAUUUUCGAAUUCAAUUCAACUUUGAUGCCGAUGAGUUCUUUGGGAUUGAGAACAACGCUAUCCACGACGUAGUCAUCACCGUUGCCACCAUCGCCUUCUGUUGUGUUGAAAACAGCAACAAUAUUUGUUUCUCGAAAAUUAACUUCAAUAUCACCUGCUUGAGGCGGUGUAUACAAACUCGUUCGGACGCAGAAUUCAAUAGUGCGUUGUUGUAAUUCGGUGUUAAAAAAUGAUUGAAACCAGGACGACGAGAGAGAAUCCUUAUUCGGAAUAAGCUCGAGCGACGCCGUAAUACUAUCGGUAUCAGAUGAUUCAGACGACAGAGACAAAGGUAUUGUGUUGUCUUGGUUCGGAGAUACGGAGCUUCGCACUGGUGAUUUUCCGUCUUCAAAUCUAUCUUUGCAGUCCGUUUGAAAUAUUUGAUACUUCGCGUGCUUGACCUUCUUGUGUAUUUCGUAUUCCAUUCGUAUCGCCGACGAUGAAUCUUCACAGGCAGUUCUGUUCGUACCAAAGCUAUUCGACAGAGCAUCUUCGGGAUCAGUGCUCAUGAGGCACAUCUUGCCUAUAGGAUCCUGCAUGCCCCAUACAUUCUCCAAUCUACUGCCGCCUACUUCAGGUUGCGAGGGACACAGCGAAAGCAUAAUCCCAAACAAGUAAAACCACAUUCGUAGC